GGAAGUAUGUAACAUCAGGUAACAUGUUGCAGCCACCGUAAAUCGUUGGAUUACGUUGUUUUUCGUUAACUUUCACAAGUUUACAACGCUCCAGCAGUGAGCCCCAUUCAGGAGUGGAAGGCCACCCCCAUCAUGCGCAAGAUGAGCUCCUCCACCAAGUCAUCCCUGCAGGACUUGGCCGACCAGGCUGCUGCCUCUCUGGCAUUAUACAGCCACCUGCGGCAGGGCCAGGACGCAUACCGCGGGCAGAUCCCCUCGACCUUCGACCCUUCCAGCUUGCUCCACGGCAUCCCCCUUGAUCCCGCUGCUGGUGCCUACUCCCUGCCCCCGCACCUGACCUCUGGACCAAGCUACCCGCAGCCCUACCCACCUGACCCACCCUUCCCACUCCAGGGCUACCCAGAGACGCCAGCACUGCAGUACCGCCACUCGGCAUUCAGCGACUACAUCGCCUUGGAGCAGGUGAACCAUUGGCCAGCCGCCGCCGCCACUGUGGCUGCCCAGAGGCUGGACCUGCUGCACCCAUUCUACCCCAGAGACCAGCACUUCCCCAUGCUCAACUCUCCUGCACCACGGGGUGGAGUUCCACAUAUUUCUGACAUGAAGGUUGUGCUGCUGGGAAACAGAAAUGCUGGGAAGAGUUCAUCAGGAAACACCAUCCUGGACAGAGAGGAGUUUAGCACCUCAGGAAGAACAGCUGAGUGUGUGAAGAGAGAAGGAGCAACAGCAGGGAGACAAAUCACUGUAGUGGAGGCACCAGGAUGGUGGAACAACUACACUGCAGAGCAAACUCCUGAACGUGAUAAACGAGAGAUUGUCCUCAGUGUGUCUCUGUGUCCUCCAGGACCCCAUGCUCUACUCCUGAUCAUUAGAGUGGAUGAGUCAUUCACAGAGACAUACAGAAGAGCAGUGCAGGAACACAUGGAGCUGCUGGGAGAGAGAGUCUGGAGUCACACUAUAGUGCUGUUCACAUAUGGGGACAUGCUGGGAGACACAAGUAUUGAGCAGCACAUUGAGAGUGGAGGAGAGGCUCUGCAGUGGGUGGUAGAGAAAUGUGGGAACAGGUAUUAUGUUGUAGACAAUAUGAAGAGUGAUGGUGGCCAGGUGACAGAGCUGCUGGAGAAGAUAGAGGAGAUGGUGGCAGGAAGCAGGGGUCAUCAGUUUGACAUUGACAGAAAUAUUUGUAUGAAACUACAAGAGAAGAAGAGGGAAGAAGAGAGAAGAGCAGAGGAGAGGAAGAUGAAGGUGCACAAGCAGAGACAGACUCUCAGAUCAUCAGCAGGUGGAGCUCCACAUAUUUCUGACAUGAAGUUUGUGCUACUGGGAUACAGAAAUGCUGGGAAAAGUUCAUCAGGAAACACCAUCCUGGGCAGAGAGGAGUUCAGCACCUCAGGAAGAACAGCUGAGUGUGUGAAGAGAGAAGGAGCAACAGCAGGGAGACACAUCACUGUAGUGGAGGCACCAGGAUGGUUUACCAACUCCACUGCAGAGCAAACUCCUGAACGUGAUAAACAAGAGAUUGUCCUCAGUGUGUCCCUGUGUCCUCCAGGACCCCAUGCUCUACUCCUGGUCAUUGAUGUGAGUGACUCAUUCACAGAGAAAGACAGAAGAGGAGUGCAAGAGCACAUGGAGCUGCUGGGUGAGAGAGUCUGGAGUCACACUAUUGUGCUGUUCACAUGGAGGGACUGGCUGGGAGACACAAGUAUUGAGCAGCACAUUGAGAGUGAAGGAGAGGAUCUGCAGUGGGUGGUAGAGAAAUGUGGGAACAGGUAUCAUGUUGUAGAAAAUACGAAGAGUGAUGGUGGCCAGGUGACAGAGCUGCUGGAGAAGAUAGAGGAGAUGGUGGCAGGAAGCAGGGGUCAUCAGUUUGACUUUGACAGAAAUAUUUGUAUGAAACUGCUAGAGAAGAAGAAGGAAGAAGAGAGAAGAGCAGAGGAGAGGAAGAUGAAGGUGCACAAGCAGAGACAGACUCUCAGAUCAUCAGCAGGUGGAGUUCCACAUAUUUCUGACAUGAAGGUUGUGCUGCUGGGAAGCAGGCAUGAUGGGAAGAGUUCAUCAGGAAACACCAUCCUGGGCAGAGGGGAGUUUAGCACCUCAGGAAGAACAGCUGAGUGUGUGAAGAGAGAAGGAGCAACAGCAGGGAGACACAUCAUUGUAGUGGAGGCACCAGGAUGGUGGACUAACUAUACUGUAGAGGAAACUCCUGAACGUGACAAACGAGAGAUUGUCCUCAGUGUGUCUUUGUGUCCUCCAGGACCCCAUGCUCUACUCCUGGUCAUUAGAGUGGAUGUGUCAUUCACAGAGACAAACAUAAGAGCAGUGCAGGAACACAUGGAGCUGCUGGGGGAGAGAGUCUGGAGUCACACUAUAGUGCUGUUCACCAGAGGGGACUGGCUGGGAGCCACAAGUAUUGAGCAGCACAUUGAGAGUGGAGGAGAGGCUCUGCAGUGGGUGGUAGAGAAAUGUGGGAACAGGUAUCAUGUUGUCAACAAUAAGAAGAGUGAUGGUGGCCAGGUGACAGAGCUGCUGGAGAAGAUAGAGGAGAUGGUGGCAGGAAACAGGGGGCAUCAGUUUGACAUUGACAGAAAUAUUUCUAUGAAACUACAAGAGAAGAAGAAGGAAGAAGAGAGAAGAGCAGAGGAGAGGAAGAUGAAGGUGCACAAGCAGAGACAGACUCUCAGAUCAUCAGCAGGUGGAGUUCCACAUAUUUCUGACAUGAAAGUUGUGCUGCUGGGAUACAGAUAUGCUGGGAAGAGUUCAUCAGGAAACACCAUCCUGGGCAGAGAGCAGUUUAGCACCUCAGGAAGAACAGCUGAGUGUGUGAAGGGAGAAGGAGCAACAACAGGGAGACACAUCACUGUAGUGGAGGCACCAGGAUGGUGGAGGAACUACACUGUAGAGCAAACUCCUGAACGUGAUAAACGAGAGAUUGUCCUCAGUGUGUCUCUGUGUCCUCCAGGACCCCAUGCUCUACUCCUGCACAUUAGAGUGGAUGUGUCAUUCACAGAGACGCACAAAAGAGCAGUUCAGGAACACAUGGAGCUGCUGGGUGAGAGAAUCUGGAGUCACACUAUAGUGCUGUUCACAUAUGGGGACAUGCUGGGAGACACAAGUAUUGAGCAGCACAUUGAGAGUGGAGGAAAGGCUCUGCAGUGGGUUGUAGAGAAAUGUGGGAACUGGUAUCAAGUUGUAGACAAUGAGAAGAGUGAUGGUGGCCAGGUGACAGAGCUGCUGCAGAAGAUAGAGGAGAUGGUGGCAGGAAACAGGGGUCAUCAGUUUGACAUUGACAGAAAUAUUUCUAUGAAACUACAAGAGAAGAAGAAGGAAGAAAAGAGAAGAGCAGAGGAGAGGAAGAUGAAGGUGCACAAGCAGAGACAGACUCUCAGAUCAUCAGCAGGUGGAGCUCCACAUAUUUCUGACAUGAAGGUUGUGUUGCUGGGAAACAGACAGGCUGGGAAGAGUUCAUCAGGAAACACCAUCCUGGACAGAGAUGAGUUUAGCACCUCAGGAAGAACAGCUGAGUGUGUGAAGAGAGAAGGAGCAACAGCAGGGAGACACAUCACUGUAGUGGAGGCACCAGGAUGGUGGAACAACUACACUGUAGAGCAAACUCCUGAACGUGAUAAACGAGAGAUUGUCCUCAGUGUGUCUCUGUGUCCUCCAGGACCCCAUGCUCUACUCCUGGUCAUUAAUGUGAGUUGGUCAUUCACAGAGAAAGAUAGAAGAGCAGUGCAGCAACACAUGGAGCUGUUGAGUGAAAGAGUCUGGAGUCACACUAUAGUGCUGUUCACAUAUGGGGACAUGCUGGGAGACACAAGUAUUGAGCAGCACAUUGAGAGUGGAGGAGAGGCUCUGCAGUGGGUGGUAGAGAAAUGUGGGAACAGGUAUCAUGUUGUAGACAAUAAGAAGAGAGAUGGUGGCCAAGUGACUGAGCUGCUGGAGAAGAUAGAGGAGAUGGUGCUGAGAAGCAGUGGAGAAUGGAGUAUGGAGGAACCCCCUAUUUGUGAGGUGACUGAGCUGCUGGAGAAGAUAGAGGAGAUGGUGCUGAGAAACAGUGGAGAAUGGAGUAUGGAGGAGCCCCCUAUUUCAAAAGGAGACAAUGCAGUGACUACAAAUGAGUUUCCUAUACCUUGUGACCUGACAGCCAGUCUGCUGACAAAGGAGCACUUCACCUGCUCUGUGUGUACAGACGUGCUGAAGGACCCCGUCUCCAUCCCCUGUGGACACAGUUACUGCAGGCAGUGCAUCACCUCAUACUGGGCCCAGCCUAACCAUGCAGGACACUAUGCCUGUCCCCAGUGCUCACACACAUACAGCUCCCGUCCGGCCCUCUACACAAACUCAGCCUUAGCAGAGGUGGUCCACAAGCUCCAGCAGUUCAGUCCUGUUCCUCCUGCUCACUGCUACACUGGUCCUGGAGAUGUGGCCUGUGAUUUCUGCACUGGGAGGAAACUCAGAGCUGUGAAGUCCUGUCUGACCUGCUCUGCCUCCUAUUGUGAGUCUCACAUCAGGCAGCACUACACAGUUCCAGCACUGCAGAAGCACACACUGGUGGAGCCCCAAAUCCAGGAUCAAAAGCUCAGUCAGCAGCAGCAUGACAACAAAACUGAUGACUUCAAGUGGGCCAAAACUGAAGACCAAUUAAAAUGGCAGUCCUCUGAACAGUCUUCUGAUGCAGAUUUAAGGAUUCAGCAUGGUUAUCUGGACCAAAGACCCAAGAUAAAGGGAGAGGUAGCGCCUGAUCAGACCAUUCCAGAGAAAAGGUUGAAACUGGAGAGUUCAGAUUCACCUGCACCAAGCUGUGUGUCUCUAAAGUCAAUAGACCAGCCACUAAAUUUCAAAGGAGAAUCUAUACCUGAUUUAAGGUUGAAACCGGAGAGUUCAUAUUCACCUGCACCAAGCCGUGUAUCUCUAAAGUCAGUAGACCAGCCACUGAACUUCAAAGGAGAAUCUACACCUGAUUCAAGGUUGAAACUGGAUGGGUCAGAUUCACCUGCACCAAGCUGUGUGUCUCUAAAGUCAAUAGACCAGCCACUAAACUUCAAAGGAGAAUCUAUACCUGAUUUAAGGUUGAAACCGGAGAGUUCAUAUUCACCUGCACCAAGCCGUGUAUCUCUAAAGUCAGUAGACCAGCCACUGAACUUCAAAGGAGAAUCUACACCUGAUUCAAGGUUGAAACUGGAUGGGUCAGAUUCACCUGCACCAAGCUGUGUGUCUCUAAAGUCAAUAGACCAGCCACUAAACUUCAAAGGAGAAUCUAUACCUGAUUUAAGGUUGAAACCGGAGAGUUCAUAUUCACCUGCACCAAGCCGUGUAUCUCUAAAGUCAGUAGACCAGCCACCGAACUUCAAAGGAGAAUCUACACCUGAUUCAAGGUUAAAACUGGAGGGGUCAGAUUCACCUGCACCAAGCUGUGUGUCUCUAAAGUCAGUAGACCAGCCACUAAACUUCAAAGGAGAAUCUACACCUGAUUCAAGGUUUAAACUGGAGAGUUCAGAUUCACCUGCACCAAGCUGUGUGUCUCUAAAGUCCAUAGACCAGCCACUAAACUUCAAAGGAGAAUCUACACCUGAUUUAAGGUUGAAACUGGAGAGUUCAGAUUCACCUGCACCAAGCUGUGUGUCUCUAAAGUCAGUUGACCAGCCACUAAACUUCAAAGGAGAAUCUACACCUGAUUCAAGGUUGAAACUGGAGAGUUCAGAUUCACCUGCACCAAGCCGUGUAUCUCUAAAGUCAAUAGACCAGCCACUAAACUUCACAGGAGAAUCUACACCUGAUUCAAGGUUAAAACUGGAGAGUUCAGAUUCACCUGCACCAAACUGUGUGUCUCUAAAGUCAGUAGACCAGCCGCUAAACUUCAAAGGAGAAUCUACACCUGAUUCAAGUGACCUGACUGCCAGUCUGCUGACAAAGGACCACUUCACCUGCUCUGUGUGUACAGACGUGCUGAAGGACCCCGUCUCCAUCCCCUGUGGACACAGUUACUGCAGGCAGUGCAUCACCUCACACUGGGCCCAGCCUAACCAUGCAGGACACUAUGCCUGUCCCCAGUGCUCACACACAUACAGCUCCUGUCCUGCACUCUACACAAACUCAGCCCUAGCAGUAGUGGUCCACAAGCUCCAGCAGUUCAGUCCUGUUCCUCCUGCUCACUGCUACACUGGUCCUGGAGACGUGGCCUGUGAUUUCUGCACUGGGAGGAAACUCAGAGCUGUGAAGUCCUGUGUGACCUGCUCUGCCUCCUAUUGUGAGUCUCACAUCAGGCAGCACUACACAGUUCCUGUACUGCAGAGACAUAUCCUGACAGAAUGUGCACACCAAGAACAAAAGGCCCUGGAUAUUAAGUGUGAUAUUAAGACUGAACCCAUCAGCCCAGUUUGAUUUGCUGGGUAUGUGAAGAAGAUAAUCAAAGUGUUGUUGAGACUAAAGAUAAAUACUCUGAUUGGACAAUCUGAUUAUGUAGAUGAUGUAUUAAUUCUAUGAGACUUCUGUUAUUCAAGAUGUUAUAUUAGUGAAAUGCUUAGUCUUCUGACUUAAAUGACAUUAUGAACCAACUUAAAUGUGCAAUACUAUACUGUGUGUGUGUGUGUGUGUGUGUGUGUGUGU